AUGGAGGGACUCUUCACUCUGCUCGCCUUGUGCAUUGUGAUGGCCAUUACGUCCUUUGUUGUUGGCUCAUUUCCGCUCGUUUUUACACUGUCCCCCUCCCAGCUCCGGUUAAUAUCCUCGAUUGGCAUGGGAGUGCUGGUGGGCACAUCUUUAAUUGUCAUUAUACCAGAGGGCGUCGAAACCCUGUACAGCGCGAAUGCUGUCGCCAAGAAAAGUCUCAAUACCCGCACGUCGGCCGUGGCCUGGCAGCCUCAAGGGCUUGCGGGAGCCACGCCGGUACUGAACGAUGGCAGCGAUGCCUUGAUACCCCCAUCUGAUAUUUCUGUUCCUUUUCUUUCCCUCGAUGGUGAAAUUACACAACCUAUUGUAGCCCGAUCGGACGAAACACCAUUGCUAUAUGCCCGAAAUGAGGAAUCUUCGAGUGACAAGUCGAGCGAGGAAGAGGAAGAGGAGAGCUCGCCGCAUGCAUGGAUCGGCAUUGCCUUGGUCAGCGGGUUUAUUUUGAUGUACCUCAUCGACAAAGUCCCAGAGUUCGCCUCGCCAACCAAGAAUGAGCGAGUGCCAUAUCACAUCUCCCUUGAUAAUCUUGGAUCGGGCCUUAGGCGGGGUUCUUCUCCCACCCGCGAUGGAGGAAUUCUGGACCCAGGACACUCCAGCUCUCGACGUGGUCACAGCUUUGCGACCACUACGGGCCUGGUGAUUCAUGCCGCGGCGGAUGGUAUCGCACUGGGAGCUUCCAGUUCAGACGCCGGGCUGAGUUUCAUCAUUUUCCUGGCUAUUAUGGUGCACAAGGCACCAGCCUCUUUCGGUCUUACAUCGAUUCUACUCAAGCAGGGCCUGUCGAGUCGGACCGCGAGAGCGCAUUUGUUGGUUUUCAGUCUGGCGGCCCCUGUUGGCGCGCUGGCUACUUUCCUUUUUGCUCAGAUGAUGGGAUCUUCCAGUGCUGCCGAGGCUGAUUCUCAAUGGCGCACUGGAAUGCUUUUGCUUUUCUCAGGCGGUACUUUCUUAUACGUAGCGAUGCACACGAUGCAAGAGAAUGGCCCUGGCUCGUCGCGGGCACUACCCUUCAACGGGUAUGGGGAUUCCCGAGACUCUCAAAGCGGAUCUGACAAGUCGAUGAGAGACUUGAUCGCCUCUGUUCUUGGCAUGGUUCUGCCUCUAUUCUUGCAGAUCGGACAUGCCCACUGA